AUGGAUCUUGCUAAGCUUCCCGUCGAGCCACCCAAGAGACGCCGCAUCGGUGUUCUCACGUCGGGUGGUGAUGCACCGGGCAUGAACGGUGCUGUUCGGGCUGUCGUUCGUAUGGCCAUUCACUGCGACUGCGAAGCCUAUGCUGUUUUUGAGGGGUACGAGGGUCUGGUCAAUGGCGGCAACAUGAUCCGUCAAGUACACUGGGAAGAUGUCCGUGGCUGGCUGUCCCGGGGUGGUACCCUGAUCGGUUCUGCUCGCAGUAUGGCGUUCCGGGAGCGAGCCGGUCGUAUGCGAGCAGCCAAGAACAUGGUCCUUCGCGGUAUUGACGCGUUGGUUGUCUGCGGUGGUGAUGGCAGUUUGACUGGUGCCGAUGUCUUCCGCGCCGAAUGGCCUUCCUUGCUGUCGGACCUCAUCGCUGCAGGAGAGUUGACCACAGAGCAAGUGGAACCCUACAAGGUGUUGAACAUUGUUGGCCUCGUUGGCUCCAUUGAUAACGACAUGUCUGGAACGGAUGCCACCAUCGGCUGCUACUCAUCCCUCACCCGAAUUUGCGACGCUGUUGAUGAUGUCUUCGAUACCGCCUUCUCCCACCAGCGUGGCUUCGUGAUUGAGGUGAUGGGUCGGCACUGUGGAUGGCUUGCUCUCAUGUCUGCCAUCAGUACCGGUGCAGACUGGCUUUUUAUCCCGGAGAUUCCCCCUCGGGACGGAUGGGAGGAUGACAUGUGCUCUAUGAUUACCAAGGUAGGGUCUAUCGGACAGCUGAAUCGCAAGGAACGUGGUAAACGCCGCACAAUUGUCAUCGUGGCCGAAGGAGCCCAGGAUCGCCAGUUGAACAAGAUCUCGAGCUCUACCGUCAAAGAUAUCCUGACCCAACGGCUGGGUCUCGACACUCGAACGACCGUUCUGGGUCACACUCAGCGAGGUGGACCGGCAUGCGCCUAUGAUCGCUGGCUGUCCACUCUGCAAGGUGUCGAGGCUGUGCGCGCAGUUCUGGAAAUGACACCCCAGUCCCCUUCGCCAGUGAUCACCAUCCGCGAGAACAAAAUCAUGCGUACUCCUCUGAUGGAGGCGGUUCAAGCAACCAAGGAUGUCGCGUCCAAGAUCCACGCGAAAGAUUUCGCCGCUGCAAUGACCCUUCGCGACCCCGAGUUCAAGGAAUAUCAUCGAGCAUACCUCAACACCGCUACCCCGGAGCACCCCAAGAUGCUGCUCCCAGAAGGCAAGGUAUGCCCCAAGCCCACAAACUCCCUAGGAUCCCCAGGUACUUACUUUUCUCAGAGGAUGCGCAUUGCCAUCAUCCACGUUGGCGCCCCCGCUGGUGGUAUGAACCAGGCCACCCGUGCCGCGGUUGCCUACUGCCUGACCCGAGGCCACACUGCCCUCGCCAUCCAUAAUGGAUUCCCCGGUCUAUGCCGCCAUCACGCCGACAAGCCCAUCAGCUCGGUUCGCGAGGUGCAGUGGCUUGAAUCUGACAGCUGGGUUAACGAGGGUGGAUCAGACAUCGGAACUAACCGCAGUCUGCCGUCGGAGGAUAUUGAAACAACCGCCGAGUGUUUCGAACUCUACAAAUUCGAUGCUCUGUUUGUGGUUGGUGGUUUCGAAGCUUUUACCGCCGUAAGCCAGCUACGCCAGGCACGGGAAAAAUACGAUGCCUUCAAGAUUCCGCUUAUUGUCCUGCCGGCCACCAUCUCUAACAACGUUCCCGGCACGGAAUACUCCCUCGGCAGCGACACCUGCUUGAACACGCUCAUUGAAUUCUGCGAUGCCAUUCGACAGUCUGCUUCUUCCUCCCGCCGCCGAGUUUUUGUUAUCGAGACCCAGGGUGGUAAAUCUGGUUACAUUGCGACGACUGCUGGCCUGGCCGUGGGAGCCGUGGCAGUGUAUAUCCCUGAAGAAGGCAUCGAUAUUAAGAUGCUAUCGCGUGACAUUGACUUGCUCCGUGACAACUUCAUUCGCGACAAGGGCGCAAACCGCGCAGGGAAGAUCAUCCUUCGCAAUGAAUGCGCCUCGGGAACGUAUACCACACAGGUGAUCGCCGACAUGAUCAAAGAGGAGGCCAAGGGGCGAUUUGAGUCUCGCGCUGCUGUCCCCGGCCACUUUCAGCAGGGUAGCAAGCCGUCCCCAAUGGACCGAGUCCGUGCACUCCGUAUGGCCAUCCGGUGUAUGCAGCACAUCGAGGGAUAUGCUGGAAAGACACCCGAAGCCGUGGCGGCCGAUCCCCUGUCAGCAUCUGUCAUCGCCAUUAAGGGCUCCCAGGUCCUGUUCUCGCCCAUGGGAGGCGACUCGGGCCUAGAGGCGACCGAGACUGACUGGACCCGUCGUCGUCCCAAGUCGGAGUUCUGGCUUGAGCUGCAACAUGUGGUCAACGUCCUGUCCGGUCGUUCAGCUGUAGGCACCAACGAGAGCUGGUCUUGCUAUGAGAGUACGUAA